AUGACACCCCACGGACCCAGACCCCCCCUAAUGUCUGAACGAACUAACAAUAUGACGACCAGACUACGAAUUUGGCAGCAAAACCUUAAUACUUCUUUGAUAGCCCAACACUCACUCCUCAACAGCCCUAUUGCCCGCGACUGGGAUAUACUAGCCCUGCAAGAACCUCACAUUAAUCGCACGAAGAAUACAAUAUCGUCGCCCUACUUUCAUGCGGUCUACCCCACCACCCGCUUCUCAUCCCCAGAACUAACCUCCCGAGCUGUCACACUAAUAUCCAAAACUCUAGAUACUAACUCCUGGCAACAGAUCCCAUUUCCGUCCCCUGACGUUGUAGUCACCCAAUUUCGCGGACCCUUCGGACGUUGCACCAUUUUCAACAUCUACAACGAC